AUGAGUGUUCAUAGAAAAAUAUUGGAAAAGAAUGGUAGAUUAGAUAACUUACAUUAAUAAUAAUUAUAACAACCUUAAUAAGAGCUUGGAAAAUAAUAUACAGAUUAAUAAGAUUCUGAAGUUCUAAAAAAUUUGGAAGCAUGUCAACAAUACAAUUCAAUAAAUAGCAUAAGAAGCACAUCAAGAGUAUUUCCAAGAACUAAAGAAAUAUAUAUGGAUGCAAAAAUUCCAUUUACAGUGAUUAUAUAACCUUAUGGCUUAUCCAUAGAAUAAGGAUUUCCUACUGUAAAUUAUGGUAGCAAUCCAAUUUUGAGAUGUCAGAAUUGCAGAGCAUAUAUAAAUCCUUUUAUGGAAUAACUUAAAGAUGAGGAAUAUAUGAGAUGCAAUAUUUGCACAUGCAUAAUUAAAAUACCCUAAAACUUUAUUAAACCUAUUGAUUUAGAGAAAAGACCUGAUUUGACUACUGGAUCAUAUGAUAUUAAGGCAGGAUAAGAGUAUUAAAUGAGACCACCAAUGGCACCUGCAUAUUUUUUUAUGAUUGACGUGUCAUAGAAAAGCCAAGAAAUUCUAGGAAUUAUGGGAUAGAUAAUUAAGGAUAUGAUUUUGGAAGAUAAAUUUAAUGAAAGAACAUUAUUUGGUUUUAUUACAUUUGAUACUAGUAUACAUUUGUACAAUUUUAAUUCUUAACUUAAAUAAGUAUAAAUGUAUGUGUUAACAGAUGACAAUGAAAUGCCAACACCAGGAGAUUACUUAUUUAAUUUAUAAGAUUCUAAAGAUAUAAUUGUUGCCUUUUUAAGUCAAUUAGAUCGUUUCUUUCCUAAACCAUAAUUAAAAAGUACUUAAUUUAUAUCAGCAUUUAAUUUGGUUUCAAAGAUUAUGUAAGAUAAUGGUGGCAAAUUAAUUAUCUUAACAUCAUAUCAAAUAAAAGAAUUGAAUAUUACUGAGAAUUCUAAAUCUCCUUAGAAUCACUUUUAACCUACUAAUAAUAAAUUAAAAUAAAUUACUGAAAAAAUGCAUUUAAAUUAUAUUUGUCCUUCAAUCUUUGUUAUUCCUUGUGGAUUCAAUAAUGUUGGUACAUUAAAUUAAUUAGUCAAAUUUUUGAAUGGUGAUAUCUUUUUUUAUGAUGAUCCUAAUAUUUAUAGUAAAUAUUCUUAUUAUUUUAAGCUUAAAAAUUUUAUUAUGAUUUUCGUUCAGUUUUAGAAAGAGAUUAUACUUGGGAAUCAGUAUUCAGAAUACGACUAUCAAUAGGAUGGAAAAUUAAAAGUGUGUAUGGUAAUUAUUCAAUUAAAAAUGCAGAUCUAUUGAAUGUUAACUGCACAGAAGAGUAAGUGUUUUAUGAUUAUAGAAUAGUCAAAAAGUAUUAAUGUAUGAAUUAGAAUUGAAUUAACCUAGAGCUCCUUAUGAUAAUUUAUAUAUAUAAACUGCUCUUCUAUAUACUUCAAAUAAAGGGGAAAGAAGAAUACGUGUUCAUAAUAUUUGUAUUCCAAUUAGUAAUUCUAUUAAGACAAUUUAUUCUCAAAUUGAUUAAUCAUGUUUAGUAAUUUCAUUAUUUAAGAUUGCUCUUUCUUAAUUAAAUAUUGCAAAAGAUAUGAAAGAUUGUAUUUAAACUAAAGAAUUCUUAAUUGCAGCAACUAGAUCUAUAUCUAAUAAUUGUAAGAUUUUAAAAGAACCACUUGAUUCAUUGCAUUCUUAUAUGUUAGGAAUUAUGAAAUCUUCAAUACUCAAUUAUACAUAUGAUCAAUAGUCAGUUCUAACAGAUUAAAUGAAUUACUUUAGAUCAAUUUUUUAAUAUUUAAAUGUAGAUGAUUUAGUUACUUAUAUUUUACCAUAAUUAUAUAAUAUUUCCAAUUUGCAAGAAUAUGAAUGUAUUUAUGAUGAUAGUGGGUAUUUCAUAUAUCCAUAACCAAUAUCUUUGGUUUUAGAGGAUGUUUCAAAUGGUGGAUUAUUGCUUAUGGAUUGUGGUUAUUGUUUGAUUUUGUUUAUAUGCAAGUAUAGAAUCUUUAAUAAUUAGAAUACAUGAUGAAAAUCAAAUGGCUGAUAUAUUUGGGAAAUAAUAUUAUAGUAUUAAUUUAAUAGAAGACAAUCUCUAUUCCAAUUCUAAAAAUCCUAUAAAUAAUAAACUACAUUAUUUAAUUACAGAAUUGAGAAAGUAAAUAUAUAAUAUUAUUAUUUAUGUUUAGUAAUAAAUAUACUAAAUAUGCACCAUUAUAUAUAGUUAAAUAAGGAUGUAAAAAUUAUUGGGAAGAGGUCUUUUUUUAAAACUUAAUUUAUGAUGAUUUUAAUAAGAAUUAUAGAAUGGGAUAUAAUCAAUUUGUAUAAUAUAUUGGUUGA